AUGACAGAGGAUCGGCGCCACGCGUCGGCGUCCCUGGGUGUCAAAGGCAUACAGAUCCCAGAACUGACAGUCCUCUGGUUUGUCGUGCAACUGAUGAGAGCCAAGGGCUUGCUCUUCCCGCGAAGCAACAUCUCCGCUGAUCCCCCGGUCCACGAUCCGUACCACAUCCUACCUAUAGUUGCUAGGCGCAGAGAACAUCCAAAAUGGGGCCAAGUGCCUCCGUUGUCGGGCCCUACACCAGCCCUGCCAAUCGGUGUGUUUUCCUCAUGCUCUGUUCUCGUCGCAGAUACUGAUUUUGCUCUCUUUUUGAAGUUCCCUGCUGCUGCCCUCCCCGAGGCCAAUGCCAUCAUCACUGCUCAGGUGACCCUUGAGGUCACCCACCCUCGUGUUGCCGGUCUUGCUCUCGAGGCCGUCACUCACACGGCUCAGGCUUUUCGGGCUCGGGUCACUGCGAGCGGCGGUCCUCUGCCGCGUGGGGCCGCCCCUGCGUCGGCUCCCGUUGCCCCGGCCAGCUCCCCGACCCCCCCUUUUGUGUCUGCGCCCAGGUCACCAAUGGCUGCGCCUGCUCCUGCAGGUCUUUGGGCUGCCACAGUCCAGUUCUUUUCUGGGUAA